CGCUCGCGAGCCGUGGAUUCCGUACAAAACUAUAUACCACGUAGUAGACCCGUGAUGCGGCUGGAUCGCCGACAUGUAAACCUUUCGACACACGCUACGCUUCAGCCCCAAACCCAGCGUCGUCAACCACUCCCGCCAUCCAACCGGCUCGUCAGUCCCCCGCGAAUCCGCGAUUCCAGUGCUUCUCACUCGACCAGGCGGUCACUUUCAGACCACUUUCAGGGGCCUAUUCCUCACACGUAGAGUCAGCUACGCCCCACCCUGCUCCGCUCCGGCUGCGGAUCCUCCGGGGACGCACCUCGCCAGCCAGCGCCAUCGCCGAGACUUUCGCUACCACGCUGCCGCCUGUUUUCCCCUCUGCUCGUAAAUCUUCGACCUGCUCACCAUGGUGAGACUCGAUGAUGAAGACGAGUCCCAACCCCUUCUCAUGGCCGGCCCCGAGACACAUCCCGUCGACGUCCAAGUCGUGCCCGUCGGCACCGACAGCGACAGUGAUAACCGCCCGCGUCAUCAGCAUACUGGUGUGCCCACGCUAGACACCAGCGUCCAGCUCGAAAUCGACGAAAGCGACCCCCCGACUCCACGAUUCAUCCAGGACGAAGGAUCAUGGAAACGCUGGAGAUGGGUGCCCUAUUCGAUGCGCCGCGUCUCCAAGUCCAUCUCCAAAUGGGUUAGGGGCCCUGUCAAUCCGCAACCGUAUCGCAUCAAGCCAUUCUUCCCCAUCGUCCAGGAGUACCCUCUCUGGCUCGUCGACCGGUUCCUGCCGGUCCUCAAACACCGCGUAUGGCUCAUGUCCUUCUACUUUGCCAUAUGGGUUGUCGCUUUUGCGCUGGUCAAGCGAAAGGGCACUAUAGCGACUGAGAUUGCCGGAUGGGGCGAGCCUCAAAUCAUCGGAUGUGGGGUGACAUACUGGGGAUCCGGAAACUCGUGCGGUCUUGACGGCAACGACUGCCGCCCGUUCAAUGGCAGCGGGUUCCCCUUCCGAUGUCCUGGAGACUGUGAAAGCUACCAUCUUCAGAAUCCCCGCGCUGUCGGCAACCAGGAGGUCAACUACCGAUCAUUAGUUGUGGGCGGACCCGACGGCGAUGGUAAGCCAACCUACCGCGGCGAUUCGUACAUUUGCGGCGCCGCCAUCCACGCCGGAGUCAUUACCAACGCCAACGGAGGCUGUGGAGUGGUUAGGCUGGUUGGUCGCCGGGAAAAGUAUUUCGGCUCCAAAAAACACGGCAUCAAAAGUGUGGGCUUCGACUCGUACUUCCCUCUGUCCUUUGAAUUUGUCGAGGACGUCGACUGCUCUGCCACCGACAUGCGCUGGUCCCUGCUAGCUGUCUCGGCCACAUUCAGCGGCGUGCUGUCUAUUUUCACCAGCUCGCCGGGGCUCUUCUUCUUCCCCGUCUUCACCGGCCUCUUCUGGACGGUCGGCAUGGCGUUGGACCCGCCGCCAUACGCGUCCGUUGCGGGCCUCGUUUCCAACUUGCUGGGCAAGUUCCUCCCAGCUAUGUUCUGUGCUUGGGUCAUGUACGACAAGAUGGGCGUCCGCCGCACGCUCCAGGGCCUUACCGCUCAGAUCGAAAAGUCCAUCCUGUGGCUCGGUGCCUGCUGGGUUGGGGCCAUGGACAACUACACGCUGAGCUUCAUCCCAAUCCAGCGGCUGAACAAGCAUGACCUGGACCAGCAGCCCGGUGCCAGAGCCGCCCUCGCAAUCAUCAUCUUGGUCAUCUUGGCCAUCGUCAUUUCACAAGUGUGGUUUUUUAGACAUGAGGGCCGCCUCGUCAAGCAUCUCAAGCUCUAUGGCCUGUUCGUGGGUGGCAUCGUCAUCUCCCUGUUCCUGCCAGGGCUCAACCUGCGCAUUCAUCAUUAUAUUAUAGGCCUGCUGUUCCUUCCCGGGACCAGCCUGCAAACGCGGCCGUCAUUGCUAUACCAGGGACUGCUGGUUGGUCUCUUCAUCAACGGCAUCGCGAGGUGGGGAUUCGAUCCGGUGCUGGAGACACCGGCAGCUCUUCAGGGCGACGCCCAGAAGGGAUCCCGCCUUCCCAUCCUCCGAGACCCCGUCAUCGAUCUGAGCAACACCACCAGCAUCGUGUCCAAUAUUACAUUGAAGUGGGAGAGUCCUCCCACCCCACUAUACGACGGCAUCAGCAUUCUGGUUAACGACGUAGAGCGAUUCCGCACGUACUUUGACCACACCGACGACGAGAAGCAUAAAUUUAUUUGGUCUAGAAACAGCGACUUAGAUCUGCCAGAAUAUUUCCGGUUUGCUUAUUUGAUAGGUAGCUCGAGCGGCGAUUACACCAAAGCGGGGACAUGGACGGCCGAAGGCAAGUGGGAGCAAAUGAAGCCAGGGCCGUCCCGCGUAAAGGUUCGAAGUACGGGCGAGGAAGAGAGGGUACGGCGUUGAUUUUAUGUGAUAUGCAAGAUGCAAGAUGCGAGAACGUAGGGACAUGUGGAUAUAGAAAUUGAACGACACGGCAAGAUAAACUCAUUUACACAAUAUAUUUAACAAACAU